AGAAACUGUCUAAAAAUGUGGUUUCCAGAUGAUUUCUAGCAACGGGCACAAGAAGCAGUGGAAGCAUUAUUUAACUUCUCAAAAAUUAUCGAUCGGUAUCCGUCCUAAUCAAAAUCUGUGUUUUGUGCAGUGUUUUGCAGUGCUGUGCAGUGUUUUGCAUUGGUUUUCAUUCAACGGUUUUUCAUUAAUCAUAGCGGUGAUUGUGUUUGUGUGUGAGCGUUGCUAUGGCAGCCGACAGCAGUCGUCUAGUUAGCUAAGACAUCUGCCCUGAAUCAGGACGAAAUCCCAAAUUACCUGUUAUUAGCACAAACACGUACCCACAAUUGGAACCGGCAAAGACGUAAUUGUUGCCCCAAAAUCCGACAUCCGUUAAGCAUGUGCUGGUAAGGAACGAUAGAAAUGGAACAGCGAUUGGUUGGUUGGUAAGGAACGGAUGGCAAUAGAUGACGGGAUCGUGUAGAUCAUACCAAACGGUGUGUGCGUGAUAUUGUGAAACUAAUUUGCUGACAAGUGUUGAGUGUUCGUGUGCGCCAGGUCGUAAUACAUCACAGUUUGUUCAAUGUUGGUCAGCGCCGUUCAACGAACCAUGCUCCGUGGUUUGCUUUCGCGUUUUCCAUCGAGAAACUAUUCCACGCUACGAGCUACACCACAAUCACCCAGGGAAAACCGUAACUGGCCCACCAAACCACUGCAGCAUCCAACAAAAGUUCCCCAGCAACCGCACGGACUCGUGGCGACAACGGAAGCUGUAACAUUGCCCAUAACUAUCAAUCAACAAACGGUGCAGCUGCUGGAAAGGUUAUCGCUGGUAAAUCUGGAUAGCAAGGAAGCACUGGAAACGUUGCAGGAUUCGAUCGAGUUCGCGUCACGCAUACUGCCCAUCGAUACGGACGGUGUGGAACCGUUGUACAGUGUGCUGGAGCGGGAGAAGCUUGCACUGCGCAACGACACCGUCGAUGACGGGGACCGGCAGACCGAGGUACUGCAAAACGCCGCCUUGGUGGAGGAGGAAUACUUUGUAGCACCGCCCGGUAACAUUCCGCUCGAGCACGCGGGACAAUCGUAACGAUCGUACUCGAUUUCUAGUCAACAGCACCAAACGCCUUCACGAUGGCACGAUCGGCUAAAACUAUGAUCGAUCUGUUACAAGCGUGCCGGCGCAGUAAAUUUCUUCACUUUACCCUGGAUAGCACAGCUUUACGUGGUCUGCGUCUUACACCGGUUGGUCAACUGUUGUCGAACAAUCUGUCCGCUGAGUGGAAUCAACUCGGGAGUAGUAGCAGCAGCAGCAGUAGCAGUAGUAGUAGUACGGUUCCAGUUUUCCUGGGUAGAAGUGAUCUCAGUCUAGAGGAAAAUGUUGCGAGCCUACGAAAACAACACAAAGCGAUGAAGCUGCCAUUUGGCGUAAUGGUAGAGCGAACGGGAACGAACAGCCGGGUACCGAUGGGUGAUACUUUCACCCUGGAGCUGCAGGAAACGGUAGAACUUUGCACCACCUACCUGGUACCCUCGCCGAUGGCAAACCAGUUCCUGUAUCAACUGCAACGGCAGCGCAAGAUCUGGUGGAUGCGUUUGUCGGUCGAUCCAGGCCGGUACUUCAUCACCGAUAUGCGCCGUACCGAGGAAGGCAGCACCACCGUUUCGAUCUGUGCCCGGUUUCUAGACCGGUCAGCGGACAGGACGGAGCUCGAGCUGGACCGUCUGGAGUUGUCGGUGACGAGCGCCAAACCGUCCAACGCGAUGCUACGUGUUACGAACAAUCUGCACCGGACCAUUCUUGCCAUACUGAUGGAUGCACUCGAGUCGAACGGAGCGCUGGAGGAGGAGUGUGUUAAAAUUCAUCGCAAAGUAGCCCCGUACAAGUGUGCCAUCAUCUGUCAGGAAGAAUGUGAUGCCGGCACGACGCAGCAACAAGAUUUGGUCGAUCUUUCCAAACAUCUAGCUUACGUACUGCGUGCCGCUAAUCUCGCCGUGCACGAUAACGGCGGUCCUUUCGGUCAGUUACAACACGACCAUCAGAUAGCACAGCUGGAUCAGACCGGUGUGCCGUACGCAUUGCUCCUAAACGCCAACACUCUUCACACCGGGCUGCUGCGGCUACGAUCACGCGACACUACCCUUUCCGAAACCAUACACCUAUCCGAUCUGCCGAGCUAUUUAGCGAAAAUAAUACACGCCUAGCGACAGGAGGGGUGUUGGUGCGCAAGCUUUAUUAAAGACUUGUUCAACUAAGUAGUAGUAAGGUAGGACUUACAAUAAAAGGAAAAAAAAACGCUUAGAAGAAA